AUGAUUUUUUCAAGUAGUUCGUGUGUUUUCCACCAGGUGGCUGCACUCAUCACACUAUUCUACCUGAUGUACCAGUACCGAGGAUACUUCUUCAAGACCCUGGGUGACGAUGACCUGGACCACCACGGCUGCAGGUUGUCGAGAUCGCGAUCUCGAUCACUUCAUAGAUCUCGUUCGAGGUCUAGGACCAAAGGUAACUACCACGAAUACAAAAUAGGCGACAGCAAACACCGCAGAGGAAGAAAGCCGACUCGCCGCUGCCCAGACUGUAGCUUGUGUAAUUCUGAAUAG